AAAGAAAAAGAGAGAAAAUCAAAUAACUUUUGUUUUAUUCAUAAACUGCUCUUCAGUAAUUUGUGCCAGUAUGCAACGCUUCUUAUAAUCACAAAACAUAAAAUAUGAUUUUGGAACAUUGAAGUAACACGCAAAUACUUCAGUUUUUAAUGAUUUAACACACUUGACGUCAGGUAAUGCAGUUAUUAGAAUACAUGAGACUACAUUAGUUAACAUCAGAGAUGUAGUGGAGUAGAAGUAUAAAGCAGCAUAUAAUGAAAAUAUUCACGUAAAGUACAAGUACCUGACAGUUGUACUUAAGUACAGUACUUGAGUUAAUGUACUUAGUUACUCUUCAUCACUUUUAAGAGCUUGUUUGAGUGUUAAAUGUGUGACAAACGCGACUCGUGUGAGGACGUGUUUCCUCUCUCGUCCUGCAGGGGGCGACAGCGAGACAUCUGCUCCUCAUCUACACCAACGAGCUGAAGACGAAGAAGAACAUUUGGACGUUUUGGAGUCAAUGGAGCAGACAGUGGUGUUGUGAGCUCGACAGGAAGGUCUGCUGUUAUCUCUCUAUAGAGACACUAUUCAGAGAGAGUUUAACAGUUAGUAUUGAACCUCGUUGAGGCGGUGAAACGUCCUGUGUUUGACGACAUGGAGACCAAAGCGGUGCUGAAUGCGGUUCCUCCGUACGGACAUGUUAUUACCAGCGAGAAGUGGAGAAACUCGUCCCUCAUUCAAGGCUUAAAGGGUGGCGGUGUGAGGAUCCUCUUUGAGGAGGAGCUCGCUGUGGCAGAUUUCCAGCUGCCCAACAAGAGCUGCAUCCUGUACGUGUCCGAGUGCGACGUCAUAGCAGGAAACGGCUACAAGAGGAAACUGGUUCGCUACAGAAAUAGCAGCAGCAGCAGCUUCCAGGAGCUGGUGCUGCUGGAGAACACCAGACUCAGUGAGCAGUACUUCGCUGCCGUGCAGAAGUUUGUGGUGUUGGACCUCGGCCUGACUCUGCUGCCGGUCGGCGGGCAGACCGAGGCCUCGCAGCUCAUCACUCAGAUGGUCCACGGGGAGGGCAGAGCGAACCCCUUCAGGAGGAGGACUUCGUCCCGGCUGUUGGACCCGCUGGUCCUGGCUCUGGUGCAGCAUGUCCCCGGGGUGGGCAGGGUCAAAGCUCUGGCCCUGCUGGAGCAGUUCUCCAGCAUCCAGCAGCUCUGCAAUGCCGCCCCCGCCGAGCUGGAGCCCAUCGUGGGUCAGGCUGCAGCUCAGCAGAUCCACAGCUUCUUCCACAAACCCACUGCUGCUGGAACCUGAAGGUUCAACUCUGGCUCUGUAUCUAACCAGGGAGCUUUGGAGGAAGUGAUGCAGAUACACUUUGGCUCACAUGGACACUACAACUAAUCUAACUUUGCAUUGUUUCUGCAAGUGUUCAAACAUCAAGAAGCCAAAUGUGUUUGACUCUGCUGGAACGCCUUAGACCGCAUAAAACAUGGACGAGGUCUCCGUGACGUCACCCAGAGGUUUAAGAACCGUGGUGAAGCUCAAAGUGGGCGGCGGUGACGUCACAGCCUAACUCUAAAAUAAAUCAAAGUGGGAGGAGCUGAGGCGGCCCGGUGACACAGCAGAGCAGACAGUUAGCGACCAGUCUGUUUAUAAGAAGUGGAGGAAGUUGUCGUGACGUCA